CUUCUCCUCCAUUACCCACCAAGAAAAGUCUCCCUUGCAACGCAAUCACUGCCGCCAUUUCCCCUGACCCCAACCAACCAGACCCGAAAUACCCAUCGAUGGCGCCCAAGGCAGAGAAGAAACCGGCGGAGAAGAAGCCAGCGGCCGAGGACAAGGCCGAGAAGGCGGAGAAGGCCCCCGCUGGCAAGAAACCGAAGGCGGAGAAGCGGCUGCCGGCGUCCAAGACCGCCAAGGAGGGCGGCGAGAAGAAGGGGAGGAAGAAGGCCAAGAAGAGCGUCGAGUCCUACAAGAUCUACAUCUUCAAGGUCCUCAAGCAGGUGCACCCGGACAUCGGCAUCUCCUCCAAGGCCAUGUCGAUCAUGAACUCCUUCAUCAACGACAUUUUUGAAAAGCUUGCCGGCGAGGCGGCCAAGCUGGCGCGGUACAACAAGAAGCCCACCAUCACCUCCCGGGAGAUCCAGACCUCCGUUCGUCUCGUCCUCCCCGGCGAGCUCGCCAAGCAUGCCGUCUCCGAGGGCACCAAGGCCGUCACCAAGUUCACCAGCAACUAGGAAGAUGUAUGUAGGGUUCCUCUGUCAUGUUCUCUGUCACUUGUGUUUCCAUCGGUUCUGUCCGUGGGUGUCGUUAGGUAGAUAUCCUGCUUUGUAAAUUGUGCCGGUUGUAAUGGACGGCUUUGAUCUGAAGUAACGAAUGUUGAGUUGUAUUCCUUCUGGUUGCUGAAAUCUGUGUUCUGUUUGCAUUU